UCUCCGCCCCCGGGAGCUCCGCGGGGCGGCUCUUCGCGGCCGGUAACGGCGGGGAGGGGGGAAGCCGCGGCCCCGGCCCGCCCCGCGCGGAGCCUGCGCGGAGCCGCCGGGCCAUGGGCGGGCGGUGAGCGGCGCGGCGGGGAGCGCCAUGCCGCCUCCCGAGCCCAUGCCCGGCUACGGGCAGCUCCUCCGCCGAGCUUACGGUAGCUUGGCCGAAGCCGUGCGGGGCUGCGGGGACUGCGGCUGGGAGCUGACGAGGCGAACCUGGGCCGAAAACGCUCACCUGGGCUGGGGAGAGGUGCUGCUCUGCGGGCUCUGCGCCCUGGGCUGGACCGCGCUGCGCCGCGCCGCCGCCCGCAGAGUCUUUCGGCCCUUCGGGGAGUGGUGCAACUUGCAGCCGAAAGAUGCUGCCAAGAUGCCUGAGAGUGCCUGGAAGCUGCUUUUCUACACGUUAUCCUGGUCAUAUGGCAUCUACCUGCUCUUCUUCACAGACUAUCCCUUCUUCUACGACCCACCAUCUGUCUUUUAUGACUGGAAGAAGGGCAUGGACGUGCCCACGGACAUCGCCAUCGCCUACCUGUUGCAGUGCAGCUUCUACGGACACUCCAUCUACGCCACCGCCUACAUGGACACGUGGCGCAAGGACUCCGUUGUCAUGCUGCUUCACCACGUGGUCACGCUGACCCUCAUAGCCUUCUCGUACGCGUUCAGGUACCACAACGUGGGCAUCCUCGUGCUCUUCCUGCACGAUGUCAAUGACGUGCAGCUGGAAUUCACCAAGCUCAACGUCUACUUCAAGCACCGGGGGGGAGUCUACCAUCGCCUCAAUGACGUCAUCUCCAACAUUGGCUGCCUCACCUUCAGCGUCAGCUGGUUCUGGUUCCGUCUCUACUGGUUCCCUCUCAAGGUGCUCUACGCCACUUGCUACUCCAGCCUCCAGUCGGUCCCUAAUAUCCCCUUCUACUUCUUCUUCAAUGCUCUGCUCCUUGUCCUCACUCUGAUGAACAUCUACUGGUUUCUGUACAUCGUCCUGUUUGUGGCCAAGGUGCUGAUGGGGCAGAUGCAAGAGGUGAAUGAUGUGCGUGAGUACGACGUGGAGGACAGCAAGAAAACCACAACGGCCAGGAAGAAAGAGGCUGGACUCCAGCUGCCCAGUGCUCUGAAAGAAGGAAUGCACCUGAAGAAUGGACUUGUAAAAGACAAGCGGUUAUAAGGGAAGUGUGGCUGCUGCAGCCUGGCUGGAUCUGGGGACCGACCCAGGACCCUGCACUCAAACCCAGCAAAUGAAAGGCACAAGGAGAACUUCAUCCCCGAUCCCCCUUCAUCCCCUGCCCGGAGCCGGGGAAGAGAUGCCACUGACAGGAUCAGGCCCCUCCUGGGGCUUGCCUGUGACCAGGCUUCGCCUGAUGCUGGUGUGCUUUCUGUAGCCAGUCCGUGCUGGUUCAGUUGAGAGGCUGGUGGCUUUGCUGGUCCAGGUAGGAUUUGGAGCUGGCUUUAGGUCCCCUGGUAUUUCUUCUGUCACUCCGCCCCACAGCUAUUCUUGGUCCCUUUGUGAUUUCCCAUCAUUAUUGUUGGAACCUUGCACUGACCCUUCCUCAACAGCCCUUGAAGGGUCCUCUGACCCAGCACCAAACUGGGGAGGGAAACGUCCUCUCCUCCACUGGCAUCACUGUCCCAGGCAAGGGGAGCCCAAAGCCAGCUCUUCUCUAGCUGCCAAGCAGGGACUAGAGAGGUGAUGCACUGCACCUCUGAGCCUUCCUCCCCGGGAGGGAUCACUAAUAGAGAGCUGCCCACAUAUAUCUGGAGGCACAGCACAGUUUCCAUGAGCAGGUCUGCCUGGAAACCCUGCCCUGGAGCAUUGUUCUGGCCUCCUGUUCUGCUGGAUGAAGGCCAGGUGAUUUAAUUUGCUUAAAAAGCCUAUGUAAGUCUUAUAGUUGCUUAAAAAGCCAGUCCCAGUCCCGUGGGGUCCCCUGCUGAGGGAUCUGUAGGCUCUCACCCAGCAAUGUCUGCUUGCUCAAGUGAAGAACAAAUGGUUUCUGCUCCCUGUGUUGGUUUUCCAGGCAGCACCAGCCCUGAGCCUUUCAGGGGCCCGAGGCUGGGCCAGGCUGUGUGUCUCUGCAAAGCCUCAUGGAUUUUACAGACCCUCAGACCAAGACUGUCCCAUUGCUCUCCCCUCGUGGGGCCAGGAGAGCCGUGUCCUCCUGGGGAAACGGAGCUCCCUCCCAGCUGGGGACGCCAGGAAGCAGAGGGGGGAAUUCAGGGCAUUAAUUCCAGGCAUCAGAGGGUGGUUAAUUGUGGGGGGUUUUGUGUUUUGUUUUGUUUUGUUUUUUCUUGUUUGGUUUAUCAUAUUUGUUGAACUCCAGGCUCAUUGUGUGAGCCACAGGAAAAGUUCCUCAGUAAACAGAAAGCAAAAUGUGA